AUGUCCACUACGACUGGGGCGUUCCUCGCCGGAGGUAUCGCCGCAUGCGGUGCUGUCACUGUUACCCACAGUUUCGAGACUGUUAAGAUUCGGUUACAACUGCAAGGUGAAUUGCAGGCGAAGAAUGACGGGGUAAAGAAGUAUCGUGGUGUCUUGCACGGUGUCAAGGUUAUCCUCCAAAACGAAGGCCCUCGUGGUCUGUUCCGUGGAAUCGGAUCUGCCUAUAUCUACCAAGUCCUUCUCAACGGCUGCCGUCUCGGCUUUUACGAACCCAUUCGCUCCAACGUCACUACCGCCAUUUAUAGCGAUCCCAAGGUGCAGUCCCUUGGUGUCAACGUCUUUGCUGGUGCCGCAUCUGGAGUUAUCGGAGCUGCGGCUGGAUCUCCGUUCUUCCUGGUGAAGACACGCUUGCAGUCCUACUCGCCUUUCCUGCCCGUCGGUACUCAGCAUAACUAUAAGAACUCAUUUGAUGGCUUGAGCAAGAUCUAUAAAAGUGAGGGUGUUAAAGGUAUAUACCGUGGUGUGGGGGCAGCUAUGAUCCGUACUAGCUUCGGCAGUGCUGUCCAGCUUCCGACUUACUUCUUUGCCAAGCGCCGCCUAAGCCGGCACUUGGGCAUGGAAGAGGGGCCCGCUCUGCAUUUGGCCAGUAGUGCGGCUUCUGGAUUUGUUGUGUGCUGCUUUAUGCAUCCUCCUGAUACUAUCAUGGCUCGCAUGUACAAUCAAACUGGCAACCUGUACCAGGGUGUCUUUGACUGCUUGUUUAAGACUAUCCGCACCGAGGGUGUUUUGGCCAUCUACAAAGGCUUCUUCGCUCAUUUGGCCCGUAUCCUCCCGCACACUAUUUUGACCCUCAGCUUGGCUGAACAGACCAACAAGCUGAUGCGUCGCGUUGAGGACCGAGUCCUGCCAGGCUCUCUGCGCGAAAAGCUCUAG